UAUAUAUAUAUUGUCAUUUGCUUAUAUAGCAAAUUUCGACACCUGCACAUAAAAUAGAAUAACAAAGCUCUAGAGGCAAUUUACUCUUCUCACUCUAAUGUAAAGUGUCAACUGCCAACUUCACUGCCUGCUUUAGCAGUCACGCAAGUGGUUAGAUUGAGUAUGUACGUACAUCAUCACGUGUUUCAAAUGACAGGAAUUAUCGAUAAUAAUCGAUAACAGAUCUUUUAUUUUUAAAUUUAGCCUGGAAUAGGGGCUAGCCAGGAAGCGGUGUCUGCUCUCGGGUAUUCCUAGUAAUCAGAGGAAUAAAAAAAUGACAGCGUGCACUGACGUGCAACCGGCUGUCAACUGAGCAUCGCUAUUCGCGCGAGAUGCGAGAGUCUAAUUGACAUCCGUAAUUAAGCCAUUUGGUAGCGAUGAUGUCGACGAGAUACGUGUCGUUCUUGUCGGGGAUAGUGAUAGCCUCGUUGACAUGGGCAUUCAGCCUGUACCUGUACUCAAGACUGUCGCAAAACACGAUCGUCACCAACCCCACGUCGGGCCCGGGCGUUUCCAUUCGCGAGGAGAAUGUCGGCAGGGAACUCGUGUUACGAAACAGCAACGUCCUCCGCAGUGAGAAACAGGCUUCGGUCGACAAGAGGGUCUACAACUUGAGAAGCAGCAAGGAUCACGACGACCUGCUUCUACAGCAAUUGCAGCCCAUCCCAGUGAAGCCUGCAAUUAGCUUGGAUCAAGGUCUGGAUGAGAUCGGUAUGGUGAAGAAUUUGGAAGACCAGCAGAAGAGGGACGCGGGAUACAAGACUUACGCCUUCAACGUUCUGGUGUCCGAUAACCUAGGCGUACGAAGGGCCGUACCGGACACCAGGCACAAGCUGUGCCGACUGCAAAAGUAUCCCGACGGUUUGCCGACUGCCAGUAUAAUUAUCUGCUUCUACAACGAGCACUACAUGACACUGCUGCGGUCCCUGCACUCUGUAAUCGAGAGAACACCAGCGACGCUCCUGCACGAGAUCAUUCUGGUGAACGAUUACAGCGACAGCGAUGAGCUACAUGAGAAAGUGGGGACGUAUAUUAAGAGCAAUUUCGACGCGAAAGUGCAGUUAUUUAAGACGGAGAAGAGGGAAGGUCUGAUCAGAGCGCGCGUGUUCGGGGCAAGGAGGGCAACCGGCGAGGUACUGGUCUUCCUGGACAGUCAUAUUGAAGUGAACGAGAUGUGGAUAGAACCACUUCUCUCGAGAAUCGCGCGCUCGAGAACCAUCGUGCCCAUGCCAGUGAUCGAUAUUAUAAACGCGGAUACUUUCCAAUACACCGGCAGCCCGUUGGUGAGAGGUGGAUUCAACUGGGGCCUCCACUUUAAAUGGGACAAUUUGCCGGUUGGUACAUUGAAACGUGACGAUGAUUUCGUGAAGCCUAUCAAGUCACCAACAAUGGCUGGGGGAUUAUUUGCUAUUGAUAGAGAAUAUUUCGCGAAGAUAGGGGAAUACGACACCGGUAUGGAUGUUUGGGGUGGAGAGAAUCUCGAGAUAUCAUUUCGGAUAUGGAUGUGUGGCGGUAGUAUCGAGCUGAUACCUUGUUCACGGGUAGGUCAUGUGUUUAGGAGAAGGCGACCGUAUGGUUCAGACGAUCCGCAUGAUACCAUGUUGAAGAAUUCCUUGCGCGUUGCACAUGUGUGGAUGGACGAGUACAAGGAUUACUUUCUCAAGAACGUUAAAGCGAUCGAUUACGGCGAUAUCUCGGAACGAGUGGCGCUACGUCAAAAAUUAAAGUGCAAGACUUUCGGUUGGUACCUGAAGAUGGUUUACCCUGAACUAACGUUGCCGGACGACACGGAGAGGCGGCUGAAGGAUAAAUGGUCGAAACUCGAGCAAAGGCCGAUGCAGCCUUGGCACUCGAGAAAGAGGAAUUAUACCGACCAUUAUCAAAUCAGAUUAUCAAAUUCCGCGCUCUGUAUCCAAAGUGAAAAAGACAUCAAGACCAAAGGCUCGAAGCUGAUUUUGAUGCCGUGUUUGAGAAUUAAAUCACAAAUGUGGUACGAGACUGAUAAGAAUGAACUGGUGCUUGGACAAAUGCUUUGCAUGGAAGGCACUGAAAAGACUGCCAAACUCGGGAAGUGCCACGAAAUGGGCGGAGGCCAAGACUGGCGUCACAAACGUUUUAAUGGCACGCCUAUUUAUAACAUGGCGACGGGAACCUGCUUAGGAGUAAUGCACGACAUGAGAAAUGCCCAAGUCAUCAUGGAUUUGUGCACAAGAUCAAACGCUUCCCUGAUAACUUGGGAUCUCGUCCGAUCGAAGAUUCCAUCCAAGGAAGUUAGAUGACGUAGGAAGAACAGUCGCAAGAAUAGAAAAAGAAAUUACGAGGAAGAAUCGCUCGGAGGGAAAUAGCGGACUGUUCGGUAAACUGUACAUAUAUUUGGUAAAUUAUUAUGAUUAGAGAUACGUAGAAUGUUUCAUGGAUUAAACCUUAAGAUAACUCCAGCAGAGGUAAUAUGAAGCACAUUAAUUAAGCGCACAAUUGAAAGCAAAUGGUUGAAAGUAUAGUUGCGUAGAGAAGUUGAAUUUGAUUGAUACGUUGUGUAUAUAGAGAUGUACGGAGGGUUCUUUCUCUUUUGUACUUUGCUCAUUUUCAAUAAUUAUAAAUUAAGACCCAUAAGAGUGUAAGUUUUCUAAUUUAUAUUUGGCUAUUUCAAUAAAAUAUUGUAUUUAAUAAAAUAUUUUCUUAUCUCAUAUUAAAUUAUUCGCGUGAUGCUUUUGCAAGAUAAUUAAGGCUCUCUCGGUUUUUCUAUGUUAGAAUGAAAUUUUAUAAAAUAUUUAUUUUAUACAUACAUAUAUUAUAUGUACAUCGCAAUAUUUAUUUCUCAAUCAGGUUUACAAAGUAACAAGCGCAAAUUUGUACAAUAAUAUAUCUAGAGAAAUAAAAAAAUAUUGCAAAUG